AUACACAUUGCCACCACAGAGUUUAUUAUCACUUUAAACGGCGAAUCAUAAACAUCACUUUCAAAUAUCUUCGAAAAGUGGUCUGAUAAUUCGUUCGGUUUUUUUUUUAUUUGUUAGUACAAACAUGGACUUAGGAGCAGAUAUCGAGGCCCAGGCGCAAGUUAAUUCGGAAGAGAAUCAAGAAGACAGCAGUGUAGUGAAUGAGCGCUUGGAGAGCCGAUUGCUUGAAGACGAUGUUGGUGAAUGCAAAGAAUAUAUUAUCAGAGAGAAACCGAUUGGAAUUUCUCCCAGUUUUGUGAUUGCACCCAAAGACGUCUACGUCCUAUCUAGUCAAACGGGUGUGAUUGAAACACGAAUUUUUUCUCUACCGAAACCAAUAGUUAGAUGGUACAAAAAUGGACAUCUCAUCACCAGUACACAAUUUCCCAAAAUAAAGAAGCAUCACAACAUACCGGAGACAUAUCAAUUAGAAAUACCCCAGCCAAUCGCUUCUGAUGCGGGUGAAUACACAUGCAUUGCUCGAAACUGUUACGGAACUAUCACAGCGUCAGCAAAUCUUCGUAUUAUUGAUUUGGAAACGGACGAGCAUCCGACAUUUUUGAAACGUUUGAAGAGAACCGAUAUCGUUUCGGAGGCAAAUAGUCAUCUCACAGUUAUAGUUUCCGGAGAACCGAAGCCGAAAGUGGAAUGGUUCAAAAAUUCAAUGCCGUUGAAAGAGAGUAAACGCAUUGAGAUAUGUCACCGGGAACCGAGAAGCUACGUCUUACGCUUCAGGAAUGCUUUACCGGAAGAUACAGGAGUAUAUUCUUGUGUGGCGCACAAUAACUCUGGUACCACUAGCACUUCAGCGAUGGUUUACGUCGAAACACCGGAGAAUCUGAAGAGAGUAUGGUCCCGAGAUGUGGCUUUGAGUCAAUUGGAGAAAUGCCGGUGUCCGGACGGAUGGAGUCAGAGAGAAAUGGACAAUCAUAUGUAUAGAAUCAAUCUGGCUAAUUAUCAUAUGAAAUAUCGAACGCCAUUUGGCCCUGGCUACACCAAUCUUUUCUAAGAAAGAAAUGCAUAUGGAAUGGAUGCAUGCAUAAUACUCUACAAUGUACAUGUCGUCUUUCGAUUUACAUUCACGAAAUAAAUCGGAUUACAAAG